CUGGGAGGGAGGAGGAAAGAGAAAGAAGCCAGGAGGAAACCGAGGGGAGGAGAGAGACGGCAGAGAGCGGCGCAGGCAGCACGGCCGGGAGGACGCUGCAGUUUCACUGAAGCCUGUGUAAUUGGAUGAGGAAGAACCACUGGGUACCAGUAUGGACCCGCUUCAUCCUAGAGUUUCCCAUAAUCCUUAGUUCUCUGAUCUGCAGCUGAGUCCACUGAACUCUGAACCGUGACCAGCCUGAGCCUGUGACUGACCUCCUGCCAGGUGAUCUGUUGUGCCACCAUGAUGUCAGUAGAUGUGACCAACCGCAACGGGCCGGCAGCCACACCUCCCACCUCCCUCAGCCUCCGCUCCUCCCACAACCAGCUCCUGAGCAGCGAUGUCAUCAAACAGGGCUCCGCCACGCCGCCGAAAUGCCGCAAAAAGUACGCUCUCACCAGCAUCCAGGCGGCCAUGGGCCUCGGAGAAGCAGCUCCGCCUUCCUCGUCGUCGCCAUCGUCGUCGUCCCCGUCGCAGUCCUCAAACCCAAAUAAUCCCAAGCUUGCCAAGAAUGGGGCGAACCAGCUGCGUAAAGCCGGUCAGGACCACAACAAAAACACAACUGACCCCGACUCGAUGGACUUGGAGUGUAAUUCAGAGUCUGUAGCCGACGAGCUCAACGUGAACACCGCAGAGGAACAAGACAGUCACACUCUUACUAACAAUGACCGAGAGGAAGAGGUUUUUAAGCGUGAGGAUGAGCUGCACACAGACGCUGGAAGUGCUGAAGAGCCUGAGCAGAAAGCGGAUUCAGACAUAGACUGCAACAUUAACACAACUGUGGAGUUCAAACUGAUGAGCAACACAACAGAACUGGACUUUGACUUGAAUGUUGAUGGAGAGGAUACGGAUGACAUCAGUAUUCUGUCUGAGAAGGAAAUAAUGUCCAAGAUGAAGAUUGAGGAAGAUGAAGCCGUGGAAGAAGAAGAAGAAGAAGAAGAGGAGGAGGAGGAGGAGGAGAAGAAGCCUUUGCUGAUGAUCACAAACGAGCCUCUUGUGAAGAACCAUAAAGUUUCUUCGGGCCUGGAACUCAUCUCUGACCUCCACUCCAACCUCAAGAUCCUCAAAUCAGACAAGAACUCCCCGGUGCCUCCUCCUCCUUCUCCACCCAAGCGGGCGAGCCCGGAGGAUGCCCCUCUGCUCUCGGUGGCCUCCUGCCCCUCCUCUUCCUCGUCCUCUCCAGAGACGAAGAAGGACAGAAGGACUGGCGCAAAGACGGACUGUGCUUUGAACCGUAUCCAGAAUCUGAACCCCAGCGACGAAGAGCUGAGCUGGACUACCCUCUCCCAGGAGAGCAACUCCCCAGAGGAGACAGAUAUCUGGAGUGAGCAGUCGUUCCAGACGGACCCCGACCUGCCUCCGGGAUGGAAGAAAAUCACAGAUAUGGCCGGUAUCUACUACUGGCACAUUCCUACAGGCACCACUCAGUGGGAGAGGCCCGCCGCCCGUCCGGCCCCCGCUGGACAGACGGAGUCUUCGGCCCUCGGCAGCCACUCAGCCUCCACGCCGCGUAAACACUCCCUGAGCUCUCUCAGCCCCUCGCCCACUCCGGACCUCGAGUCUUGUCAGGCGGAGCUUUUCUUUCGCUCUUCAACUCGUUCGGGCAGCACCACCUCUGACAGCUCCGUGGAGCCUCUCUCCACCCAUGAGCCCAUCCUGCCCACAUGUGGAUUUGUCAACAGCUGCUAUUUUCCUCGGUCAACAUCUCUGCAGGGGAUGCCGGAUCAAGACACUCAGCAACUCGAAGAUGAGGACAAGAAACAGGUGUGGAGUGAAUUUGGCGGAAAAAUUGAUAGUGAAGUGUGGAAGGACCUGCACGCAGCCACGGUGAACCCUGACCCCAGCCUGAAGGAGUUCGAAGGCGCCACGCUUCGCUACGCAUCGCUCAAGCUGAGGAACCGUCCUGCUGUGGAAGAAGAAGAAUCAAGCAGUGGAAACAGCGACCCACAAGCGAAGUGUUUUGCAGUGCGUUCUCUGGGUUGGGUGGAGAUGGCCGAGGAGGAUCUAGCGCCGGGAAAGAGCAGCGUUGCCGUUAACAACUGCAUCCGGCAGCUGUCCUACUGCAAGAAUGACAUCCGGGACACUGUUGGCAUCUGGGGAGAGGGGAAGGACAUGUACCUGGUGCUGGAGAAUAACAUGUUGAACCUGGUCGACCCCAUGGAUCGCAGUGUGCUUCACUCUCAGCCAAUCGCAAGCAUCCGAGUCUGGGGAGUCGGCCGAGACAACGGCAGAGAGAGGGACUUUGCGUAUGUGGCGAGGGACAAAAACACCAGGAUCCUGAAAUGUCAUGUGUUUCGCUGUGACACUCCGGCCAAAGCCAUCGCCACCAGCCUGCAUGAGAUCUGCUCCCGGAUAAUGACAGAGAGAAAGCAUGCCAAAGCGAUGGCAGGAGGCUCUCUCCAGGACAGAAUGCAAGCAGGACUGGAUCUUCCUCUGCAAGAGUUCCCCACGCCGAAAACGGAGCUGGUUCAGAAAUUUCAAGUGCUUUAUCUUGGGAUGCUUCCUGUGGCCAGACCAAUAGGUCAGUGUGGCAUGGACAUACUGAACGGAGCCAUCGACAGCCUGAGAGGCUCCUCCAGCCAGGAGGACUGGACGCCGGUCGCCCUCAACGUGGCCGACGCCACGGUGACCAUCAGCAAGGAGAAGGAGGAGGAGGAGGUGCUGGUGGAGUGCCGCGUCCGCUUCCUGUCUUUCAUGGGCGUCGGCCGCGACGUGCACACGUUCGCCUUCAUCAUGGACGCCGGCGGCCACCGCUUCGACUGUCAUGUCUUCUGGUGCGAGCCCAACGCCGGGAGCGUGUCCGAGGCGGUGCAGGCAGCUUGCAUGCUGCGGUAUCAGAAGUGCUUGGUGGCUCGGCCCCCCUCCCAGAAGGCCUGCGGCUCCUCGCCCCCCGGCGACUCCGUGUCCCGCCGCGUCUCCACCAGCGUGAAGCGAGGCGUCCUGUCGCUCAUCGACACCCUCAAGCAGAAGAGGCCCGUCACCGAGUCGCCACAGUAACGGACGACCGCAAGCGGCGAAAAACCCCCUCGUCGCGAUUCCUUCAGAUCGGAGUUUCACCUCCAGAGUUUCUCACCGGCUCUUGGGAGGAAAUUCAAGUCUCGAAAUAAUCAAAGCGACUACAGCCAGCGACCACAUCCGGAAGGAAUCGCCACGAGAGGCGGCGGCGGUGUACAUAGACGUCACUCUCAUCCCCCUCAGCACAGCGGAGUGAGGAGAAGAGUGGGAGGUGCUCCUGAGGGUGCUCAUUCAUGGCCAAACCGCUGAUCUCUUCCACACCUGUGUUUGUGUCUGUACCCGUGCUGCCAGCAUGACCCUCCACGCCACUAGCCACGCCCCCCCCGCCCCCUCCUCCGCCAUCGUUCACCUGUACUGUUAGUAGUCUGUAGUGGCUCUUCCCCCUUGUCUCCUGCUCUUUGUUAUUAUCCACACUAGACCGUAACAUGAGUCCUGAAAGCCAUCCUAGUGUGACAGUAGUUGAUGAAGAGAUGAGAGAAGCUGCUACAGACUAGAGCGAGAGGUUAGUCUGUCCGUCUCCACCCUCCGACCCUGCAUGAACUUUUUAUCUAAAUGUGAACUAUAUCGAUACACUGCUGCUGCUUUCAGAGGCUGAAGGGGUGAGAAAUCAGAAGCCACAUUCACUUGUUUUUGUCUUUACUUCUUUGUUUGUGUGGGGAAAAAAGUCAGCCCCCGAGGGUCUGAACGAGCGGUGACCUUUCACCCGAGACAUCCUUCAUUCUCUUCCUGUUUACGUCUUCUCGUUUUUAAUCCGUUCUUCAUCCCCCGGAUAACGACAGGCGAUAGCCCUCCUCUGCUCCCCUGCUCUCCGGAUAAUGGGAUGAAGCUGCUGCCCCCGAACGCAGGAGACGCGCUGCUCUUUGAUACAAAUGCUGGAGGAAAUCUGACGGACCGUUCCUUUAAAUUCCCACCGCGGAGUCUGACUUCCAACUAAGCGGGGAAUUGCAACUUAGGAAAUAAAGCCUAGAGGAGGAGGAUGGAGAUGAGAGGAACGUGUUUUUAUACGAGGGUGUGGUUGUGGUGUUUGUGCACAGCUGAGAUCUGAACUGUGAGAACGGGAGAUUCUCAUCUUCAGCCGCGGACGGCGGCUUCUCCAGAGGGAAGCCGGCAGAGAGACUCAAAGCAACAUGAAUGAACCGGGCCGCUGUCUCUCCGCCUCUAGGGUUCUCCUCACCUGAACACGCCUUCUCUGUUUUCUGACUCACCGUCGGUCUCCUUUUCAUCCUUUUCAAGAGGAUUAUUUGCCUUUGUGUUUCAUUUUCAGCUGACUUUCUCACGCGGACCUCAGUUCGGCACCGCAGCUCCUUAUUAUCACAUAUCUGACAGGUUUGGAUGUGUGGUUGUCGCUCCGCCGCCGUAAAAACACACCCUGGCAUUUUGCACCUGGUGUUAGACUAAACCUCGCGAUCACAGCCUGUCACGCAUUUGUCUAAAGAUCAGCUCACUGCCUGCAGGACACAGGAGGAAGUUUAGCCACGGAUCGUAUCGUCUGGGUGACGGAAGAGUUUCAGCAGCUCCGUCUGUUUCUGUAGCGUUAGAAAUGAAAACAGCCCGAUAUAUCGAGGCUUGGCGGCCAGGAGGCGGGGCUUCAGCCGACACCCCGCUGCACCUUUCUCUGAACUUCAGGCGGGUUUAAGGAGCUGGUUCUGUAACGGAGAUCGUGAGGAGAGAAGUUCAUCCACGCCACUUUGUUUUGUCACCAGGAUGUUGAAAUGUGAAUAAGUCGACAGAACCUGUGUGUACAUAUUACUCAUUAAGUGUCACGUAAUCAUUCUUAUAAGCUAUUGUUUCAUUUUUGAAUGUCUUUUUUUUUUUUUAGUUUUUGGAUGUUUUCUUGUAAUGAAAUGCCUUUUUCUUUUUCUUUUCUUUUUGAAAACUCACCAAAUGGCCAAAGUGUAAAUUACUGAUAUACAUUGUUGUAGAUAAGAAAACUACGAGAGCAAAUAAUGAAAAGAGUCAUGGCAAUUGGAGAUUUUCCACAGUUGUCGAUUAAGUUGAUACAGAAUUUAACUGAGCAAUUAUCUAUGCAUUAUUUUGAUCUGGAGAAGAGGAAAGUCAUGAGAAGCCUUGCAUGCCCUUUGGAUGGUUAAAAAGGAAGACUGUAUGUAUUGAACAGAAAUAUUUUUUAUUUUAUUUAUUCUAUUUUAUAAAGGUAUAUACUGAUUUUAUUAGUUGGGGCGGGACGCGUUCCUCGCCCCGGUGUCAUCGUCUCAGUCUCUGGUUAUCUCACAAUGCUACAACAAGCGCCGCUUCGCAGGAAAAACAAUGCAGAUUACUGGAUUAUAUCUUCACCGUGUACAGUGUACCGAGAGCCGUGAGUCCACUGCCGAUCUGCCAGAAGGUCACCGCAGAGGACUCAUGGCGUCUCUAUCAGGCUCUCACACACUCUCUCUCACACACACAUACACACACCCUCAGAUGGAUGUGUCGGCUUCCGUUUGCUGCUCACUGAUUUGUACACUUUAUCAAUGUAACCAAUUGUGAGAAUAAACAGCAUUAUAAAACACA